UUUUCUAUUGCAACGAAGUGUUCAUUCAUAGCCAAUUUACUUAAUUACAAAGACUGAUAAAUACUUAAGUGAUAAGAAAUGAGAUAAAAAAUUAGAGAAGACGAAAUAAGAUUUUUUAUUUUAAAUCGCAGCAGUCUCGAGAAUUAUUCAGUGAUAUUUUUAUUUUAUGAAUUUCUUUUCGUCCAAUGAGACGAUCGUUUCGUCGUUCUUCGCAAUUCUUAUCAGUAUUGUGGACAUUAUUCAGUGAAAAAGCAUUUGAAGUUAAAAAGUGAAACUCGCUUAUAGCAAGCUUAAGAAGAAGGUCAAGCUCGAAGAGUGUAAACUAUAAAGAAAGAGAGAAAAUGAAUCAACAAGUUGUCUCAGCUCAAGACAAUCAAGAAAACGCUGAUAUUUUCACAUCACUCAAGAAACUUCAUGAAAUCUAUCGCCAUUUAUUAAAUUUAAGUGAUUGUGAAGAGCUGUCGACUUACAAACGUUAUGUUGAAGAUCUCACAGAUUUACUGAAUCAUGGUAUUGAAUGUUUUGAAGAUAACGAGUGGCAAAUGAAGACACAUUAUGAACAGAGAGUCAACGAUUUGACGACACAGUUGAACUGUUAUCAACAACAAUCGCUUAAUGAAAUAGACGAAUACAAAAAGUCUGACCUUGUGGCACAACAGAAACAGCAACAAGACCCGUUUAAUAACAUGAACAAAUUAAUCGUCGCCGGUGAUAAGACAAACAACAAAGCCUUGACGAGCGAUUUGCGUCACGAGAGCGAUUCCAAUGACCUUCAAACCACGUGUUUAGCUUUGGAAACGAAGUUUAAGAACGAGAAUGAUUUGCUUCGAGAUGAAAACAACAAAUUGAAAGAUGAAUUAGCGGUGCUUCGUGCUCAAGUUACAAAAAAUGAUUUCGUGGUGAGUGAUUUGAAGAAUGAAUUGAGUACUUUACGGCAACAAAGUCAAAGAAGUUUUGAUGGUCUAAUCAAUGGAAUGAACUCGAAUCAAUGUGAUGAUGGAUCGGGGGAAUCAAUAAUCUUAAAAGAGAAAACACCUACAACAACAAAAGAUGGAACUAAGUCAACAUCUGCAUUGGAAAAGGAUUUGAAAGAAGUUGAGAAAGACAACAGUGAUAAAGUGGCUCUUAUACUUGAGAUUGCUGAUAAGCAUGAUCACAUUAAACAUUUACGUGCAAAAACUCGAAAGCUUGAUGGUCGUGUUGAGGAGCUCGAACGGAAAGUACAAUUUCGUGAGAAAAUUAUUCGCGAACUUCGUCGAUCAACCAAAUGUCAAGCGCAGAACAUCUCGCCAAUGUCAUUGACACCACCAAGGACGCCAGAACUGAAAGCGUCUGAUUCAUGCAGUAACUCGGACUUAGAAUCGUAUAAAAGUAAUUUCCUUACGGUUCCCGGACAACAAAUCGCUAGUGGCGAUUCAUGUUUCUCUCUCUACGAUCUUCAUCAGGAAUCACAACAACACAUGGAAAAAUCAUUUUCUGAAAUCAAUUUCUCACAUUGCUUUGAAAAAGGCUUUGAUGAGAAUAAUAAAUAUGAAAUUGAACGACUUCAUCAUCAGAUGAGUGAAAUGGAAAGUGAGAACGGUUGCAAUCGGCUGUUGAUAACAAAAUUGGAGGACGAAUUAUUAGCAUUACGUAGAAGUGAAACUAGAAUAAAAAAUGAUCGUGAUGUAAAAGCUGAUAAGUUGAAAGUUUUACGUCAUCGCGUGAGAACAAUUUCUGGAAAAGUUUUAGAUGUAAAUAAUGAUGAAGGCUUACAAAAGCUUCAAAUGCAUCACAGUGACAUUGCCGUGUUGGAAGAAGAAUUAAAACCUGAACUUGAUUUAUUAAAAAAUCUCGUAAAAAUGAUCAGCACAACAAAAGAGAAUCUUGAUAAAUUAACAAAUGAGAAUUCAACUUUACUCUCGACAAUAACAAAUCUUAAAAACAACUUAGAUGAAUCGAUUCAACACAAUCAACAUCUUGAGGCAGAGAUUAACAGACUGAACUCAGAGACAUCGUCACUGAUACGAGACAAGUCAACGAAUAACGUCAAUCAACAUCCAGUGGAAAGCGGAAGAACUCUGGGCAACAAGGAAGUGCUAAGCGAUCUGACAUCGAGUUCACCUGAAAGUGGUGAAAGUAGUUUAAGUAAUGGAAACUCACUAAGUGACGUCAUCAACGAAUGGAAGCGCGAGUUGGAAGCGAAAAAUUGCGAAUUAAGAGACAAGAUCGUGUUAAUACAUACACUCGAAGAUCAAUUAAAGCAUAAAGAUUCCGAGAUUUGUGAUGUACGCGACAGAUGUAAGUCGGUGGAAUCUGAUCAUGAGAAAAACUGCCAAAUGAUUAAUCAACUUAAAAGUGCCAUUCAAAUCCACAACGAAUCGAUUCAGUUUCUGAAGCGACAAAAUGCUGAUUUACGAGACGAGUUGGAAGAAACGAAAGGAAAGCUUGAACAACAUCACGAGUAUUACAAAAAAUCCAAAAAGGAAAAUAUUGAUUUGGAGACUGAAAACAAUAAUCUCCAUAUGACAAUAACGAACAUGCGGUCAACUAUCGAAGAACUUAAACGAGGAAAUUCUAUCCAACAUUCCAACGACAUUGAAGCGUUGAACGUGAGCAUAAAUCUGCUUAAUGAACAGUUUUACAAGGAAAACAUUCAGAAAGACGAUCAAAUGAAUUUGUUGCGCGAUGCAAAUCUACAACUUCGAACACAAGUCUUCGAUCUCAAUCAGGAUAUCGUCGAUUUGCUGGAAAUUGUCGAGAGCUUAAAAAACCGACGAACGUUGGAAGACUUUAAAAUAGCACAGAAGGAACAAGAGCGACAGAUUGAAAAGGAAAUAAGCAAUCGAGAACGAGACAUUAAUUGCUUAAAGCAUUUUAGAAGUCGUUGUGCUGAGAUUGAAUCGGAAUACUUGGAAAAGAUGGCAUCACAAAAGCUCAAAUCAGAUUCGACAAUCAAAGAGUUGGAAUUGGAAAUAACAUCACUCACUGAACAACUCAUUCAAUCACAUCAACAGAACACUGAUUACGAUGAUCUUAUGAAGCAAACAAAUGUGAUGCAAAAUUCCAUGCAUGAUUUGGAGACUCAAAAUGACAUGCUUAGAAGAACGAUUGAGUCGUACGAGCAACGAUUUAGCGAACUUCAGGUUCAAUUAGAGAAGAUCAAUUUUGAGAAUGAAAGUCUCAUAAAUGAAAUCGAGAAUUUGAAAUCAGAUGUAAGCGAUAAAAAUAAAAGAAUAUCUGAGAUCACUCUCGAUCAUCAUAAACUCGAAACUGAUUACGAAAAUCAAAAGAAAAAUUGUAAAUGUUCUUUGAAAUCAUCACCGGAGAAACGUUCAUCAUCAACAGUCAUGCAAAUCAAUGAUCUCAAGACGAAACUUAUGAAUAAAUCCAUGGAACAUACGAAAGCGACAGAAGCUUUGAAGAGAAAAAGUGCGCAGCUUGAGAAACUCCAAAAAACUGCAUUUGAAGAGAAAAAUCGACUACGAGAUGAAUGUUUGAAAUCAAUUCAGACGAUUGGUGAGCUUAAAAGCAAAAUUUCCAUGCUCGAAUUGAGAAUUCAAGAUCAGAAUGAAGAAGUUGCAAGUUCGAGGGAGAAAGUGAGUCAAGCACUUGCUCGAAUGACGACAAUGGAAACUGAAUUAACAUCAAAGACUGCAAAACUUGAAGAUCUUGAAACAAGAGAAGAAAAAUGGCGAACACAUGCUUAUGAAAUCACACACGAGAUCAAAAAUCGUAAAGAAGAUUCAUUCAAACGCGAACAAAAAUUAUUGGAUGAGUUAAAUGUGAAAACAAACGCAAUGAAGGAUCAAACGAGAAUCAUUCUUCAGCAUGAAAAUUCUAUUCAUCAUCUAAGAAGUGAAAACGACACAUUAAAAUCGGCAAAUGCAUCUUUGAAUCAAAGAAUGAAGUUCGAUAAAGAAGAUCUCCAAACAAAGUAUCAAAAUCUUAUUGCCGAUUAUAAUAAACUCAUCGUAGAAAAUCGUCAAUUGUAUGAGAUUAAAAAUGACACAAUUUCUGCUAUUGAAAUUUUUAAGAAUCUUCAAGAAGAAAGUGCUGUUCGUGAAAACUGCUAUCAACAACAAAUUAAAAAGUUGACUAUUGAUAAACGCAAUCUACAUAAAGAUCGAACAAAUCUAACGAAACAGCUUCUUGGAAAACAUCGUGACAUGAUCAUCCUGAAUUCGGAAAUUGAAAAGUUUAGAGAUCCAAGUGAUUAUGAAACGAAAUCAAGCAGUCAACAUAAUUCUAUAACACCCUUUCAAUCUGUGAUGUAUCCAUCAACAAUCGCUCCAAUAUUUCGUGCUAGCAGCAAUCCAAAUCUCGCAACAGAUCCCAUCGCAAUCGAAGCCAAAAGCAUCACCGAACAGAUGCAUCGUACAAGAAAAUUCUGGUCGCAUGGAAUCAAAGUUGCUGCAAGUUCAUUAGUAAAUAUUCCAUCGCAGUCAGAAGCGCCCAAAGAAACAGAAAAUCCAUAAUAGGAAAAGAAAUAUCUAAGAAUUUUGUAUUUAUUUUUAAUGUUUAUCUUUUAACUAAUGCACAACAAUAAUCAAUGAAAUUAGAAAAGAAAAGUUUUGUUUUUCAAUAUUGUCGAUGAUUGAUCACUUAUGUUUUCAUCUUGGCUUUCAACAUUUGAACUUCUUGUUCCAUCAUUUUCAUGUUUUCUAUCAUUUUAGUCAUCAAAGAGUUGUCGACUUUUAUCUUAUUAUUGUCAGAAACUUGAGAAUUUUUUUCAGAUUUCAUCAUUUCGUCAAUUGUCAGCUUUUUGAUCUUUUCUAAGGCAUUGAUAAGAAGACAAUGCGUUUCAUAAGCUUCAGUAGAAACAAGGGCAAGUUGCAUAGUUUUUUCGGAUAGCUGAGCUGUUUUCUCUUUCAAGUUUUCUUUCAGUUCCUCAUUUUCAUGAGAAAUCUUCUGCAUUCCUGCCAACUUGGCAUUACUUUCUUUGGCUAUACGAUCAGCAACAUGAAAUUGAGUCUCAGCUGUCUUAAAAAGUUGCUUUAGUUCUGAUAUUUCUUGUUCUUUAACAUCCAGAGCAGUUUUCAUAUCAGAAAGAAUUUCAUUGCUGGAAGAAUUCAAAGCUGAUUGUUGUGCUUUCUUCAAUUCCUUUAUUUCCUCCAAAGCCACUUUGUAAUUUUCUGUAACUCGAAAAAUUUCUUCGAGUAGACGAAUGUUCUGAUCUAACGCUUGAUCUAAAUUGGUUGUCAUUUUACUAAGAUUGAACAGAAUGUAAAAUGUAAAUAUUCGUUCUGAAAGUUGUUGUUGUUAGACAAA